CAGCUGCUGCAGAGUGGGCUGGGUGGGGUUGUGGGUUGCACCUGGGUUGUCGGGGCCAGACGGGGCCGGUCGCUGCUGGUCUCCGCCGCCCGCCGCCGCCAUGGAGAACUUCCCAGAGGAGAUGGAUGAAGAGCAGUAUUGGCAGAAUGAGCUGCUGCAUCUGGCGCGGACACUUUUCAAUGGAAUGGGCAUUGAGCUGCCAACAGGGGAGCUCUUUAGCUGGGAGAACCGACUUCCUCCCCCUGCUUCCAAGAGAGCUGUGGAGAACCUGCCAAAAUCCACCAUCACAGGGGCCCAGGCUGAUGCAGGUGUCAAGUGCCCUGUAUGCCUUCUGGAGUUCGAGGAGGAGCAGACUGCCCUGGAGAUGCCCUGUGAGCAUCUCUUUCAUUCAGACUGCAUCGUGCCCUGGCUAGGCAAGACCAACAGUUGCCCUCUGUGCAGAUAUGAGCUACCUACAGACAAUGAGGACUAUGAAGAUUACAGGAGAGAAAAGUCAGGGAAAGAUCCGGAGAUGUGCCUGGAUCCAGCUGAAAGGAGGGAACGUCUCCUCUCAGACCAGAAUGCUUUUGCCAGGGCAAAUAAGGCCCUGGCUCUUAAGCAGCCGUGGGCAGACUUGGAUGGGAACAUUCGGUGCCGCCUCUUCUUGGGUCUGAUCAUCACAGCCUUAAUGCUGCCCCUUCUGAAGUGGAUCAUUGUGGCCACCACAGAGCGUCCUGUGAAUCUUCAUAACCCAGCAGUGUGGCAUCAGGGGGCCACAGCCAAAGGCUGGGGGUUUGAUCCAAGGCCCGGAGACUAAACUGGAUCGUGGGGGAAGAGAAGCCAACCCCACCCAAACCGUUGGGCCCCACUGAGGAUCAUUGGUUGGUGCUGGAGUUGAAGAAACCCUGGGGAGCUCUCUUUGGUGGACUCAACUCCACCAGCUGUACCCUUGCACGCUAACCCCCCCCAGGGGUACAAGCUAAAUCACCCCUUGCUCCAUACUGCUGAAUAAAAGCCCUUCUUGGGUAAAAGACA